UUUCAGGAAAUCCUUAGUGCAUUCCCACUCUGUACCUGAGCAGAGCCUGAGAGGGGGAAUAAGUAAAUUACCUGGAGUUAUUUCUUCUCUGCAGCAGAAGAAGGAAUCAUGGAAGGUGAACUAGCCAUUAGAGCUGUGAUGAUAGUGAUGGUUGUAGCACUCUGUGGAGCUGUGCCCACCACUUCACCCAGCCAACAGGAGCUCACAAAAGCCCAGGACUAUCUGUCUCAGUUUUUCUCUGAUGUGGGCGUCAGUCCCCCCAACAGUGUCUGGCGCAGCUCUCUAGACUCCUUUGAAGACACUCUCAGAAAAAUGCAGGAGUAUUUUGGCCUUGAAGUGACGGGGCAGUUGGAUUCCAACACCAUGGAAGUGAUGGGUCGCCCCCGUUGUGGUUUCACAGACGUGAGCAGUUAUAGUCACUUUGAGGGUCGACCAAAGUGGGGCAAGACUGUGAUCACAUACAGGAUAACUGACUACACACCAGACUUGAGUCAAAGUGCUGUGGAUGCCACCCUAGCCAAGGCUCUGAAACUCUACAGUGAUGUCGUUCCUCUGGAUUUCAAGCAGAUUCACAGUGGCACUGCUGACAUGAUGAUCACAUUCAGGACUCGAGACCAUGGAGAUUUUGCUCCGUUUGAUGGGCAGAAUGGAGUCCUGGCCCAUGCGUUCUCUCCUGGAGAAGGCCACGGAGGUGACACCCACUUUGAUGAAGAUGAAAACUGGACUCUGACCUCAACAGGAGCCAACCUGUUCUUAGUGGCAGCCCAUGAGUUUGGCCAUGCACUGGGACUGGCCCACUCUCAGGUCCAGACAGCUCUGAUGUAUCCCAACUACCAAUAUGUGAACACAGAGGGAUACAAGCUGCCGGACGACGACAGGCAGGGAGUACAAGCAAUCUACGGAAUCAGAGCAACAUCAGGUCAACCAACGACUAAACCUGACCCACAACCUACACCUGAGUCAGAUCCUGAGCCCACACCAGACAGGUGCAGCCGAAUCCUGAUGUUUGAUGCAGUAACCUCCAUUCAGAGAAAUCUUUACUUCUUUAAAAAUGGAUAUUUCUGGAAGAGGAGCAGCUCCUGGGACGGAAUCACCAUGAAGAGAAUUCAGUCUGUCUGGCCUGGAAUCAGCAAAGUUGAUGCUGCUUAUGAGUAUAAGAAAACUGAUACUGUAAUUUUCUUUGAAGGGGAUCAUUACUGGGGGAUCAGAGGAAACACUGUCCUACCUGGUUAUCCCAAACCUCUCAGCGACUUUGGCUUCCCUCUGUUUGUCACCAAGGUAGAUGCUGCUGUCCAUGUGUCAUUCACAAGCAGAACUCUCCUCUUUGUGGGCAACAGAUACUGGAGCUACAAUGAGAGGGGGGGCAGAAUGGAUGUCGGGUACCCCAAAUUCACACACAGAAAUCUCCCUGGGAUUGGCUUCAGAGUGGAUGCUGCUUUUGAGAACAAGGGUUACCUGUACUUUUCCUAUGGAUCCAGACAGACAGAGUAUGACUACCCCCGAAGAAGAGCUCUUCGCACUCUGUUAAACUACAGAUGGAUGGAUUGUAACUAAAGAAACAAUAACACACACACAUACAAACACAGCUAUAAUCAUGCAGCAAGGCAAAGUUCUAUCCCCUGAACCCAUCCUGAGUAGCUUAUUGCAGCUUUUCACUAGCAAUCUGCAAGGAAAUACAUUAUUUGAAAAAGAAAUACAAUAUGAAAUUGUAUAAUUAUGUUGCCAAUAAAAGCUUGUUAUGUAGCUAAUAGUUUCUCUUGGACAUGCAUCAAAUAAACACAAUUUAAUCAA